CUGGGCAGGAUAAGGAACGUUGUUGAGGCCGGUGGUUCCCAAGGGCUUACUGUUGACGCGAUGGGGCGGCGUCGAGGAAACCAAACGUCGACUUUACAGAAAGAGUGUUGGAGCUUCCUAGAAGCUAUCGUCCCCGUGCGUUAAAAGGGGCCUUCUCCUGUGACUUGCUCCACAGGUCGAUUGGACAGCAGCCGAAAGAAGUGGUAUCUGGCCUGUGGCGUUUCUCAAGCAUGGAGCCAGCUUACGAAGGAGGCUACUACAGUGGCUUUGGCCAGGACGGGUAUUCUGUUGGUAACUGUGGUCCGUAUUACGUGGAGGGCGGCUAUAACGGGUCUCUGGGCGAGCCUCAGAUGUGGCCUCAUGGCACGACGGAGAGCGUACAGGGCCUCCAUUCGGCCUCGUAUGACGACCAUUCGUAUCCGUACGGACAGGCGGACGGUGCUGAGGCGAGUCUGUUCCGGGGUUCGGAGGCGCUUGCUUUUGGCGCAGACGACUACUUGGAAGGGGCGGCGGUCGGGGGCGGCCUCUCCCCCUCGCCGCCCCUGUCCGUCUCGGGCGGCGGCAGACAACGCAAAGUCAAGAUGUACGACUGGCCGAAACAAGACGACCCCGCACUGGAGAAGCGCAGACAGCUGGCGAUAAAGCAGAAAAAGAAGAGAGAUAAGGAUGAGAGGGAGGAAAUACAGAUGAGACUUGGUCUUAAGAAAACAGAAGAAGAGAUUAAGAACUUAAAGAUGGAGAUGGCUAUGAGAGGAUGCAACAUAUCCAUGAUGCAACAGACUCUGGCCUCAUACGAUGCCAACGCCAGCUAUGGAUACCCAGAGGACGUGUGGGCGGCGGGCUCCCCUGCCCCUCUGUAGGAACGCCUUUCCCAAACCCUGCGCCAAGGACCUUCCUGACGGGUCGCUGACAUGUCACUUCAUCGCCUUUCCUUCCAUGAUUAUUUAUUCGUAAAUUGUUCCCUUUUAUAAUAUAUUUUAUUAUGUUAUUUGUA